GUUUUGAUGAUGAUUGGAGCUGGACUUGUGUAGUCUACUUGAGUGCCAGGGAAAGCCUAGAGCUAACUCUCCUUUCCACACAGGCUUUGGCAAUCUUACAUUCACCCACGUAUCUCUGUCUUGGUUCCACUUUGUUAAAUCAUGGUAAAAGGAUACAUAAAGUUCUUCUUUUCUACCUGUUCUUUUUAGAACUACUGUCAUAAUGUACAUGGUGAUGUCUGUCAAUUUUUCCUCCUUUAUGCAGCUUGAUCUAGUAGUGCUGAAUCGUCUCUACUAGUCCUAAUCUUUUGCUGUUUCAUUUCUUUUCCCAACUGCCUAAGUAUCUGAUGCUGUUUUAGCUCAAAUCUAUUUAUGCUUUAUCAAGGCUAAUUAGUGCCUUAGAAACAACCAGUAUACUCACUGCAAAAACAAUUUGUGGGUUUAAACAAGAUAAGUCAAUAAGAAAAGAAUGCUGUCAGAGUAUACCCUAGAGCUGUCUGAUGUUCUCAGGUGGAGUCAUUCUUGGUGGUGGUGGUUUUUUCUUUGCUUUCACUUCCUCCUUGAUCACCUGACUACUUCUUCUGUCUCUUUUGUCUUCAUACAUGGCAUGUUUCAUGUUAACCUCUUCCUAUAUUAAAAGGAGAUCAAGAAUUGAUGAUGCUGUUGCCUUUACCUUUGUCAUUUCCAGAGCUCUGCUUCUCCAUGUGUGUAGUUCCCUAUUUGAGGAAUCUCUUGAUUCCAGUGCUCUCCUUUUGCUUGUUCUAUUCAAAUCGAUGAGGCUGCCCUAGUCCUAACAGUGAUGGGCUGAAUGCUGCAUCUGUUGCUCUUCCCUUGUGCUUCCCAUUAGCUGCCUAGAAUAGCCCUGCACGGCCUGAUAGAACAUACUGCUCGGUUCUCCACCUCUGUGCCUGCAAAGCAGGGCCACAGAUAUUGAUUUCUGAGCCUCUCUUGCUAAUAGUGCAUGCUGCAAACAAAUGGAAUGUGCGACUGGAUUCGUCUGGUACGGGACUUGCCUAGUCUGGGUGAGGUGCAGAGCUGGGAGAGUUUAUGUGGCAGUGAGCUCCGUGAAUAGUUCUGCAGUCACACCUGGGUAUCGUUCAGACUCCCCUGAGCUGCCAAGGGUUAAUCUGAGAAAUGUGUAGUAGCACAAGAUGCCUCAUAAAACUAAAGCAUCUGUCUUGGGCAUCUGGCUGUGCAUGUUUGCCAGUUUUCAUACCGUACUUGCCAUGAGAAAUUAGUUACUGGAGUUAGGAAUAUCCUUGCGUCAACAAAGUGCUGUAGUUAAGACUUUUACUUUCUCUUUCCUUAAGGAACCCUGAGGACCUUGCAAUAUGAAUAAUUCUCUGGAGAACACCAUUUCCUUUGAAGAAUACGUCCGUGUGAAGGCACGAACGAUCCCCCAGCACAGGAUGAAGGAGUUUCUGGACUCCCUGGCUUCCAAGGGGCCAGAAGCUCUGCAGGAGUUUCAGCAGACAGCCACCACCACAAUGGUGUAUCAGCAGGGUGGCAACUGCAUUUACACGGACAGCACAGAGGUGGCUGGGUCUUUGCUUGAACUUGCUUGUCCUGUGACAACCAGUAUGCAGCAGCAAACUCAGCCAGAGCAGCAGAUACAGGUUCAGCAACCCCAGCAAGUCCAGGUUCAGGUCCAGGUCCAGCAGUCACCGCAGCAGGUCUCCGCCCAGCAGCUCUCUCCGCAGCUCUCUGUCCAUCAGGCUUCGGAGCAGCCAAUACAGGUCCAAGUGCAGAUCCAAGGCCAGGCUCAGCAGCAGGCAUCCCAGACAAUACAGAGUCAGUCUCUUCAGAGCCCCAGCCCAUCGCAGCUGCAGGCAGCUCAGAUCCAAGUGCAGCAUGUGCAGACUGCCCAGCAGAUCCAGGCUGCGGAGCUACAGGAGGAACACAUACAACACCAGCAGAUCCAGGCCCAGCUUGUGGCAGGACAGGCCAUUACCGGUGGCCAGCAGAUACAGAUCCAAACAGUCGGGGCACUGUCACCUCCACCUUCUCAACAAGGCUCCCCACGAGAGGGAGAGAGGCGGAUCAGCUCUGCCAGUGUCCUUCAGCCAGUGAAGAAACGUAAAGUGGAUAUGCCUAUUACUGUGUCAUAUGCUAUUUCAGGGCAGCCGGUUGCCACAGUGCUGGCCAUUCCUCAGGGCCAGCAGCAAAGUUACGUCUCCUUAAGGCCAGACUUGUUAACAGUGGACAGUGCCCACCUGUACAGUGCCACUGGGACCAUUACUAGCCCCACUGGAGAGACUUGGACCAUCCCUGUUUACUCCGCUCAGCCACGUGGUGACCUUCAGCAGCAAAACAUAACCCACAUUGCCAUCCCUCAGGAGGCCUACAACGCCGUCCAUGUCAGUGGCUCACCAACGACACUGGCUACCGUGAAGCUGGAAGAUGACAAGGAUAAGAUGGUGGGAAGCACUUCAGUAGUGAAGAACUCUCACGAGGAAGUGGUGCAGACUCUUGCUAAUUCAAUCUUUCCGGCACAGUUUAUGAAUGGCAACAUCCACAUUCCAGUGGCAGUGCAGGCUGUGGCAGGGACAUACCAGAACACGGCACAGACGGUGCACAUAUGGGACCCGCAGCAGCAACAGCAGCAACCCACACCCCAAGAGCAAGGGCAGCAGCAGCAGCUACAAGUUACUUGCUCAGCUCAAACUGUUCAGGUUGCUGAAGUUGAACCACAGCCACAGCCGCAGACUUCACCUGAACUUCUACUUCCAAACUCUCUGAAGCCAGAGGAAGGUCUUGAAGUGUGGAAAAGCUGGGCACAGACCAAGAAUGCAGAGCUGGAAAAAGAAGCUCAGAAUAGACUAGCACCUAUUGGAAGGCGUCAGCUGCUGAGGUUCCAGGAAGAUCUCAUCUCUUCAGCUGUGGCUGAGCUGAAUUAUGGUCUGUGCUUAAUGACACGAGAAGCUCGAAAUGGUGAUGGUGAACCCUACGAUCCAGAUGUGCUCUACUAUAUCUUCCUGUGUAUUCAGAAGUAUCUCUUUGAAAAUGGCCGAGUCGAUGACAUCUUCUCUGAUCUCUACUAUAUUCGGUUCACUGAAUGGCUGCACGAAGUUCUCAAGGACAUACAGCCUCGUGUUUCACCUCUUGGUUACAUCCUCUCCAGUCACGUAACAGAGGAAAUGCUGUGGGAGUGUAAGCAGCUUGGAGCUCACUCCCCUUCCACCUUGCUCACUACACUGAUGUUUUUCAAUACAAAAUAUUUCCUGUUGAAAACAGUAGACCAGCACAUGAAGCUGGCCUUCUCCAAGGUGCUGAGGCAGACCAAGAAGAACCCUUCUAAUCCCAAGGAUAAAAGCACGAGUAUCCGCUAUAUGAAGGCUCCAGGCAUGCACCAGACAGGACAGAAAGUUACAGAUGACAUGUAUGCAGAGCAGACCGAGAAUCCAGAGAACCCCCUGAGGUGUCCGAUAAAGCUGUAUGACUUCUACCUCUUCAAAUGCCCCCAGAGUGUGAAAGGCCGGAAUGACACGUUUUACUUGACACCGGAGCCGGUGGUGGCCCCCAACAGCCCUAUCUGGUAUUCCAUCCAGCCGAUCAGCAGAGAGCAGAUGGAGCAGAUGCUCACCCGGAUCCUGGUGAUACGAGAGAUUCAGGAAGCUCUUGCCGUGGCUAAUGCCAGCACCAUGCACUAAGGCAUCCUUUGUGGCUCAGAAGGGGUGGGGCAGGGUGAUGGGGGAGGGACAAGCAAAGAGAAAUUGUACAGACUUUUACACUAAAGGAGAUGCCUAAGUUUUUGGUUUUUUAUUGGUGUAGUUAUGAAGCCCUUUUAGGCUUCUUCUCUUUAAAAGAAUCUAAAGGAAAACCUACCCAUUGUGUAUCCUACCCAACACACCAAACUGUUGGAACCAUUGGAGGCUGCAUAUCCCCUGCAAGCUGGGAGCUGUGGAAAGCUGCUGGUUGACUCUGGGUUUUUUUUAUGAUGUAGAAAAUUUGAACUACAGGAUUGGCCUGGUUGGCCGGGGCCUCUGUCUCCCUGGAGCACGUGCAGCCUAGAGGGCACAGAAUGAUGGAUGGACCUGCUCAGCCAGUGGAGGAGAGGCAGGCAUCUUCUUUUCUUGUGCUUGGACGUUAAUUUGCUGAUAUCUUGGAAGAAAGAGGAGAGAGUGAACUGCAAUUAUGAUUUAUACAAAAAAACCACAAACCAACAAUUUCUAUUCAGACCUUUAAGUGACAUUUUUAGAUGUUAAAAGUACAAACUUUACCACACUCUUCUUUUUUGGCCUAACAUUGAGGCCUUAAACCUUGAGGCUUCUGUGCCUGAUGGAAUUCUUGUAACAUACACUUGUGUAUCAUAUAAAGAUACCACCCUGUUUCUCUUAUGUAUUCUUACUCUAGUUGUUUAUUAAGAAUGACGAGCACGUCUUUUCAACA